CUUUUAAAUUUUACACUACCCUCAAAUCAAUCCUCAAUGUUGAAACUUAAAACUUCAUAACAACCUAAGAAUUAGGCACCUAAACCUGAAGCUUCCAAAAUUGUGAAGAAGGAUGAUCAAAAGCCUUCUAUUGAUCUUGAAGAAGAACAAGAAGAAACCAAUCUUGUUGUUGUUGCAAAAAAACCAGAAAAAAAAUAACCCACUAUUUAGCAAACAUCAACUGAUGGUUGGUAACAAUCAGAUGAGUCUAAAGAGCUUCCAACUAAUGGUAUUGGCAAGAAGCCAAAUUCAUCAUUGAAAAAGAAUGACGAUCCUAUCAUAGAAAUUAGGAAUGAAGAGUUCCCUGAUCUUGCUGUUGCUGCUGAAUUACCAAAACAAUCUAAAAAAUAAAAGAAUUUACAAAAUUAACCAAAGCAAGACUAAAAAAUUUAGCCUACCACCAAUAAUGCUAUGAUAUUUACUAAUUCUAGUUCUAAACCCUCAAGCUAAGCAGCUUCUAAUGUUUAAACAAAAAAUACUCAAUUAAAUUCUAAUUCAGGAUCUCUAACAUUCACAAAUACAAAAAAGUAAGAAAACACUGUUUUAUUCUAAUAAUAACAAUAAGAAUAAAUCAAAAAAACAUAAUAAGAAACUUAGGUUUAGCCUUAGCCAUAAAUUUAAGAAACAUAAAAAUCUAAUCUUCCUCAAAGAUAAAUCAAUAUCACCAGAAAUUCUAAUACAUUAACUUCUUAAGCAGUCCCUGAAUAAUAGAAACAAUUGAAGGUUGAGGAAUCUAUUCCCACAUUUAUCAACUCUAAAGCUAAAGGAAAUCCACCUGUAGUCCAAUAAUAAAAAUAGCAGUAAGAAUAAUAAUAAGAAUAAUAAUAAUAAUAAGAAGAAUUACCAUAAUAAAAUGAAGAUGAAGAUAGCGAUGGUUGGGAAACUGUUGAAAAGAAAAGAAAAUCUAAAGGGGCACCACUGUAGAGAAAUUAAAAAACCAACUGAUGAAAAAUUAAUAUUAUUCAAUCGAAAAUUUUUACAAUUUGCAUUUCAA